CCGCUCCGCGCAGCGUCGGCGCCGCCAGCCAGGGGAGGGAGGGCCGUGCGCAUGCGCGGGGCGGGGCGGCGGGAGGGCGCCUCGCGCCUGCCGCCGGGCUGAUUGCUUGGUGUUAGGGAGACUGUACGGACAUAAGACCCUGCCCCAAGAUCUGAACAGCUUGAAUCUUUUGUACCAAACAGCUAAAAGCCCCGCCAAAUGUGUGCUGUUUUCAGAGUUGGGUACGACAUCAGCGCUUUAAAAAUCGAGUAAAAUCCCUGAUCCAGUGAUGAGAGCCAGCUUAGAGGUUCAACAGAGACUAAAGGCCAAAUUCACAACCCUCCCUGUGGGAAAUUGAACUGACUUGUCUUUCAUGGAAACUUCUUAAAGGUGAGGUUGCUACUCAUAGGACUUCUAUGAUCAGAGAAACAGGUUUCAGUGGUUGAGGUCCUCUUCUGUGGCAGUGUGUAGGAGAGACCUGAAGAUCAUCUUACGCCUCAGCUUGCCACGAACUGCAAACAGCAAAAUGACAGUCAGGUGAUUCAUGGCAGGGGACGUGGAAGGGUUUAGCUCCUCCAUCCAUGACACCAGUGUCUCUGCUGGAUUCAGAGCACUGUAUGAGGAGGGAUUGCUUCUUGAUGUCACACUUGUCAUUGAAGACCACCAAUUUCAGGCCCAUAAAGCACUGCUUGCCACCCAGAGUGAUUACUUCAGGAUUAUGUUCACAGCUGAUAUGCGAGAACGAGAUCAGGACAAAAUCCAUUUGAAAGGUCUGACAGCUACAGGCUUCAGUCAUGUCCUCCAAUUCAUGUACUAUGGAACUAUUGAACUGAGUAUGAACACUGUUCAUGAAAUCCUUCAGGCUGCCAUGUACGUCCAGCUUAUAGAGGUGGUAAAAUUUUGCUGCUCUUUCCUCUUAGCUAAAAUCUGCUUAGAAAACUGUGCAGAAAUUAUGAGACUUCUGGAUGAUUUUGGUGUAAACAUCGAAGGAGUCAGGGAAAAAUUGGACUCCUUUCUGCUAGAGAAUUUUGUGCCACUCAUGUCCAGACCUGACUUCCUUUCAUAUCUGAGCUUUGAGAAGCUCAUGUCUUACUUGGAUAAUGAUCAUCUGAGCAGGUUUCCAGAGAUAGAGCUGUAUGAAGCUGUUCAGGCCUGGCUGCGCCAUGAUAGAAGACGCUGGAGGCAUACGGACACCAUUAUUCAGAACAUCAGGUUUUGUUUGAUGACACCAUCCAGUGUUUUUGAGAAGGUAAAAACAUCAGAGUUUUAUCGAUACUCCCGGCAGCUGCGACAUGAGGUUGACCAAGCCAUGAAUUACUUUCAUAGCGUUCACCAACAGCCUUUGAUGGAAAUGAAAUCGAACAAAAUUCGUUCUGCCAAACCCCAGACUGCAGUAUUUAGAGGAAUGAUAGGACACAGUAUGGUAAACAGUAAAAUUCUUCUCUUGCACAAACCAAGGGUCUGGUGGGAACUAGAGGGUCCUCAAGUACCUUUACGACCAGACUGCCUUGCCAUUGUGAAUAACUUUGUGUUCCUAUUAGGUGGGGAAGAACUGGGGCCAGAUGGUGAGUUUCAUGCUUCAUCCAAAGUGUUUAGAUAUGACCCAAGACAGAACACUUGGUUACGAAUGGCAGACAUGUCUGUUCCACGUUCUGAGUUUGCUGUUGGAGUUAUUGGGAGGUAUGUUUAUGCAGUGGCUGGGAGAACCAGGGAUGAAACGUUUUACUCAACUGAACGGUAUGAUAUUACUGAAGAUAAAUGGGAAUUUGUGGAUCCCUAUCCAGUCAAUAAAUACGGACAUGAAGGGACUGUGCUUGGUAACAAGUUGUAUAUCACUGGUGGAAUUACAUCAUCUUCAACUUCUAAGCAAGUAUGUGUGUUUGAUCCCAGUAAAGAAGGGACAGUAGAGCAGCGAACAAGGAGAACUCAAGUGGUCACUAACUGUUGGGAGAACAAAUGCAAAAUGAAUUAUGCAAGAUGCUUUCACAAAAUGAUUUCUUAUAAUGGUAAGCUUUAUGUCUUUGGUGGUGUCUGUGUGAUCCUGAGGGCCUCCUUUGAAUCCCAAGGCUGUCCUUCUACAGAGGUUUAUGACCCAGAUACGGAUCAAUGGACUAUAUUGGCUUCUAUGCCAAUUGGUAGGAGUGGUCAUGGUGUAGCUGUUCUGGACAAACAGAUAAUGGUUCUUGGAGGCCUUUGUUACAAUGGCCAUUACAGUGAUUCGAUUCUCACCUUUGAUCCAGAGGAAAACAAAUGGAAAGAAGAUGAAUAUCCAAGGAUGCCGUGCAAGCUGGAUGGCUUACAAGUCUGCAGCUUGCACUUCCCUGAAUAUGUUUUGGAGCAUGUUAGACGUUGCAGCUAAAACAGAAUGAACAACCCAAUGAAAUACAAAAAGCUGUACCUAAUCUGUCAAAAAAUACAAACCAGAUGAAUUCCUUCGGAGAUAGUUCCUUGUGUGUAAGAACAACUGCUAAAUGCUUAAAAGAAAUAGGACGUACAGGGAGUGUACUUAGCAAGUUUAUUGGAAAAGCCAAUGGUUGGUCUGAUAUUGUAAAAGCUUUGGUUUUUUUAACAAACAAUUGUAAGUAGGGGAAAGAAAAAUAUAUUUUUGAGUGUGCUUAUUUUUUUGGUAACAUUUUAUGUCCAUAAUACUUUUUUUUUUUUUUUUUUUUAAUGGCCAUUAUACCACUAUGCUGCUGAAAUCAGUUGAGUUUAACGAAAUAUUUGUGGAAGAAAGAAAGACUUUAUUUUCGGUUUUUAUUGAGCAUCAAAAUAAAACUCAUCAUCUGUACUAGGGUACAACCAGGUAUAAAAUAACAAAACUAAACCAUUUCUGUAUUUUAUGUUGUCUUUUGGAUGCUUUUCCCAUUAAUUGCAAAGUAUUCUCAAAUCUACUAGGUGUUUUUGUUUUCCCUUAUAUACAUUGAAGAAUAAUCUUAACCCCUUUGCAUGACCUUUUUCCUGGUUUUGUAUAGUAGUACCAGUAAGUCUGCCAAAAUGCAAAUUGAACAUUUUCUACUAAAUUGAAAACAAAACAUUUUUAUAUUCAAAACACUAUUUCUAUGCUGCCUUCUAUUGUCUGCAUUGUGUUUGUUGGUGAGUAAAGAAUAUAUACAUACACAUGCAUACACUGUAAAAACUAUAUAUAAAUACAUCCUUUUAUGUGCAGUUACAAUAUUAUAUUUUAACUAGUGCACAGAUUCAGCCAUAUCUGUUGAAUUUAAGGUAUAGUACUAUCCUUUAAUGAGCUAAAUAAUUUGAAGUUCUUAAGUAACUGGAGGCCUCGUUUGGUAUCGAAGUAUCUUAUCUUUAGAAUAUACUGAUUGAUUCAGUAACUUUAAACUCUUUAUAUCGAUGCUACGUAAUGAACUGUUGAUAAUUUGUUAUUUUAUAAAUUAUUUUUUAAAAAGUAAAUACAUCUUACCUGAGUUUCUUUUAUGUUUGAAUGUGCUGCCCAGUUUUCUUUUUUAUGAAAAUGGAAAAUGUCAAUAAGCAAAUGCUCAGCACUGCUUUGACCCACAGUUAUUUUUGGAACUGGAUAUACUACAGUUUAUUCUCAGUACUUUGCUUGUACUCAUACUUCGAGUACUUUCUUUGUACUCAUGUUGAAGUGGUAUAAUCUUUUAUUAUUAUUAUUAUUAUUAUUAUUAUUAUUUUAAUUAUCAACUGCUAUGAACUACUGUGUUUUGAAAAUGUGGAGUUAGGUGGUUGGGUGUUUAGUACCAUUUAUCUUUCUUUUACAAAAAAAACCUACACAACUAUAGCUACUGACCUCGGAGUGCCUGAAUCGAGAUGUGCGGUCCAAGAGGGCUUUGAAUAACUCCAUUGUGUUAACUUGCAGGUAUUACUGACAGUAGAUUGGUAAGAACUAUCUGCCAAGACAUAAAUAAUAACAGUAAUUACAUUCUGGUUAUCUUUAAUGAUGUGAAAUUAGCCACUUCUAGAGUCUAAGGUGAGAAGUUGAAGGCUCAUACUUAGUUCAGGUGUGUAGAGGCAAAAUGCUGAAACAUGCACCUGCAUAUUUUGUAAAAUCUUAUGCUGCUGUGUUUUGCUUUAAGCAAUAGACUUUACUUUAUAUGCAGCAAUGCAAACCCACUUUAUUCAGCAUCUUCCAGUCAGAAAUCGCUGUAGAAAAGGAAUGUACAGUACUCAGGGAGUUCAAAAGAAUGCACUUACAAAGGGACCAAAAUCACCCUAAAUUUCCUAUGUUAAAAAUAACACCUACUUGCCUAAACUACGUUUGAAAUAAUUGAUAGAAGUUAAAACAACGUGUAAAACUCCUCCUACUUGUGUAUUUUAAUAUUUUUGUAGUAAUUAUGUUCUGGGUUGAGAUGUGAGGAUUUGGAGCUAUAUGGCAAGUCAGCAGGCUUUUUAUUUUUUUUUUUUUAAUUAGAAAUGAUUUAUUGAUAGAGUAUUUUCUUUCCAUAUGUUUUAACAGAAAGAGAGAAUGUAUGCCAUCAUAGCUGUAGUGAUAAGUUACUUAUACCAGUAGUGACUGGACCAAAUAUUGAUAUUCAGCUUUCUGAUGCAGACUAGUUUGUGGUUAAAUUUAGGUCUUUUUUAAAUCAAAAUUCAGUUUUCUGAAUGAGAAAUCUGAUUUGCUUUCUUAAUAGCUUAAAUUAAAGCCAGCGUGGCUUACACUAAAACCUCAGUUUCACUGUGAGACUUGUGUGUACAUUACCCUGCAUGGAUGGAGAGAUAAACUGACUCCAGUAGGUGCUGGCUGUGUGCAAGUAAAAAGGUUCUGCUGUACAUAGUUCAUGGAAUAUUGGGGCACAAGAAGAAAACAAAGGGUUUUUACUGUUUUUAUUCUUUUUGUCACCAGCUCAUUUCUCAAUAAGUAUAUGGGGCAGCAAAAACUAAUCCUGCUUGAGUAGGCUUUCGUGGGCAUGUUACAUAUAGUACGGAGUACUUCACUUUUUAUCUAGGGACAGUCUGGGGAAUGGAUGUGGUUCUGGAUAUCUGGUCUUCCAUGAUUCAAGUGUAGUAAAGAGAUGUGGCCAAGACUUUAUUAAAAAUAAUGGUAAGGAUGGGGGUGUCUCAAGUUACAUUUUUGAGUCUGCAUUUAAGCACCUUCUGAAGUUCUGUGUGCUAAGCAACUGCCGCUGAAGUUAUUGGUGAGUAUUGACACUUGAAACAUCAAGAACCAGAUCAUUUUUAGGUGCUCUAAGUUCAUAUUCAUCUUCAGGCGCACAGUUCUGAAAGAUCUUGUUCAGGAUUGUAAUAGUAAUUAUUCUGUGAAAUUCUAACUUGAACUGUUGGUUUCAGCUUCCCUGAAGUUGUGUCUCCAUUGAGAAGCUGGCUGUAACCUUUCGAGCAUUAGGAGUGAUUGGAAUUUGCUUGGGUUUAGAACGCGUGGGGGUAUGUGAGAAUGUUUUGUUAAUUUACAUUUCUACUGUGCUUUUAUCGUUUCAAACAUGAAAUAGAAAAUUAGCUUAUGUUCUCUUUUCCAUUGCAGUGGAACUUUUGAGGCAGUUGGUUUUGUUACUUUAUGUAUCAGAGGGAUAUUUUCUUCUUUUUUUUCUUUUUAAUUGAAAGUUUCUGUCUGUGUUUGCUUUUUAGUAUUUAGCUGCAGAUAAUUUAGUGUUUAAAAAAAAAAACCCAAAACUAAGCUGGCUAAUGAAUUGCCUUUUGCUAUCAAAUUUUUAGCAUUAUGAUCAGAUUUAAAUGUUUUUAAAACUCAUCUUAAUGCCUCUCAUUUGUCAAGGAAAAGGUAAGUUAUGUUCUUUGACUAUUAAGUUGGGGGGGCUUUCUUCUUCUAUUCCCACCCCAACCAUAAUGGAAUACCAGCAAAUCUAAUCUCGCCCACAUAUUUAAAAUUUAACACGACCUGCUUUUAAACAGUAAGUGUACUUGCCUUUUCUUAAAAAGGUGGACAUCGUGAGUUACAGUCUAGGUUUUUUUUUUCACAUUUAUAGCAAAAGUGUAUCAGCGUCAUGUCUUAAUUUAGCGGCUAGGUCCAGGAGGAAAUUUUAUUUUCAAAUGAGCCAGAAUGGACAAAAAGCAUAGUGCCCCUGUAAAGGGGUUCGACACUGCCAGUUCCCAUUACGCAUGCUGCUAUAUCUCUUUUUAGGGGACAGAUAAUUUAUUUCAAAGUACUGCAUAAGGAAAAAACAACUGCUUUUUCCCCACAAAGUGUUGGUAGUAGUUCUGUAGUGGGAGGUAUUAGGCGGCAAAAAACCCUUUUGAAAUGUUUUUCCUCAUUGAUUCAGCUGGAGGAAGGCAGUACUUGAUUUUACAAAGGCUGUGCUAUUUCAGAAAGCGCUGCCAGCAAGAGGGGCUACUGGCAGCAUAUGAGCUACCUGGCAACCUGCUUUGACGUUACUUUCUUUUGAAAAGUGUGGAUGGCCUAAUUUCUGCAGUAUGAUAGCAGACCUGUUAGAACUAGCUCUAAGGGUUUGUGACUUCAAUAUUUCUCUGGUUUCUGAGAUUUGCAGCCUUUUUUCUUGAGGACCUCCUGCCUUACAAACCGAAGUGCUGCGUUUUUUUCAUGCUGAUAAUACGGUAACUACUUGCAUCAGGGAGGAAGCUUCACUUGACACUCAGGAAGCAAAGGAUAAAAUUCAGCAGGUGCAGAUUCAGAUUGGUUUAGAAAGAAGAACAUUGCGUAACUCAUUAUGUCCAUUCUUUUGCAAAAGAAGGAUAAGCAGGAUGGGAAGAUGCUAAUGGCUCUUUAAAAUUAAACUUCAAGCUUGUGUUAGCAUUUAUAUGACAAAGUCUUUUUAGAAAUAAUGGCAUUUUUAGAGGUAUUUUGCCUUUUAAAUAUAUUUUUUCUUACAAAAAAAAUAGUAGUGAACUGGGCCCCUGAUUCUUUUAACACUUCAAAUGUGUACUUCACACAUGUGAACAGUCCAAUAUAAAGAAAAUGGAAAACUGUAAGGUCCUUAAAAGAAAACAUAAAAGCGCAAAUGCUGUUAAACCUGUGCAUAAGUGUUUAUAGGGUUGGGGGCAUCAAAGAAAACAUCUGUCCUGCUCUCCUUCCAUUAAUAAAAAUAUAGCUGGUGAAGUUACUUGAAUAAGCGUGGGCCAUCACAUGUGGCAGGGCUCACUGAAGGAGAGUGGGAAAGAACAAAACUGGAAAGCACGUGUAGUCUAUUUAAAACAAAGCUUGCUGGUGUCCUGUAGCUAACAUUUUGAGAUUUUAAUGUUUGUAAAACAAUCUGAAGCUGCUUAAAAUAAAUACUAAUGACUACUUUUGCAUCUGUAUUCUAUUUUUGAAAGUUGGUGAGUAACUUCAAAAUUUCCAUUUGUGUGGGUAAGCUUCAUAAAACAUAGUUGUAUGUGGCAGGUGGCAGAAAAACUGACUUGUUUUGAGCACAGCUUUCCUGGAUUUCCCUCUACUCUACUCUUUUUUUUUUUUUUUUUUUUUUUUUUUUUAAUCACUUCCCAAAUUUCAACUAAUGUUUAUAUAGUCUUUUAAGAGUAACUGUCAAAGGUCAAUUUCAAAUACCUUUGGAUUAAUAUUAAGUUGGUAGCUAGGGGAAAACCACUUCUAUUUGCAGAUGGUAGUUUUUAUUUACGGCUCUGGUAGAAAACUUUAUUUUAAGUCUAGAAAAGACAGUGUUAUGUAGGACUGUAAAGCUGACUAUACUUAGGGGGCUUUUAUUACUUCAGUGGGACCCACCUAACUUUUAUGUCAGUUCUGGGAACAGGUGAAGGGAAGAGUGAGCUAUGUUUUUAUUUUAAAUAUUUUUCCCUAUAUAUUGUUAUUUUUGUAGAUCUUUUUAAAAUAAAUUAUUAUAUACUGGAGAUUGCAAUUCCACUAUAGUAUCCCACUUGAUUCCAGUGUACAAUAUCAGAUUGUUUGUAUUGAAAAGAAUGUAUUUGAUAAGUAUUUGAUAAGUUAACAGGAAAAGUUUAUUUUCAAACUGUGCUGUGUUUGUGUCUAGCAGUUGGAAAUACUUCUCCUAUAGAAAAUGAAAAAUAUAUAUAUGACCUCAUAUGUACAUUUGGAUUAACUGUCUAAUGAUUACCCCAGGGCUGCUAUAAACUUCUCUGAAUAAUUUAAUAAUUGCCUCUUUUUAACUGUUUUAAAGCCUUUUUUCUUGUCUUUUUUUGGCAGAAAGUAAUUUUCCCUAGCUAUGGAUACAGUAUGCUCAGACUUGCAUAUGCGCUCUGUUCAGGUUUUAAACUGAAAAAAUGUAUAAAAUGUGUAUAAAGAAAAGUGUAAAUAAAAUAUUUUUAAUCUUUAAA